AGAUUUCUACAUUGCGCCGCAGAAGUGACUAGGUCCAGCCCCCUCCUGUCACGAGCCGCGCUGAUUGGCUGCACUCAGAACAAGCGGGAAGACACGAAAAGUGAGGUACCUCUGGUGAUGAUGACCUCCAAACGGCGGCCGUCUAAGUCAGGUGACCCAGAAGAUUCUGCCGGCGGCUCCUCCUCCAAAAUCAAGAAACGCCGGGUGAGCAAUAAGAAGACGAAGGAGCAGGAUGACGUGGUGGAGAACGACAGCCUGUUUGUACAAGUCCUCAAAUCUUCCGGGAUGACCCUGAAGUCCGGAGAGCAGCAGAAUGAACUCGCUGUGGAUCAGACGGCUUUCCAGAAGGCGUUGCAGCAAGCCUUAAAGAAGCACCCCAGGUCUUCGAAUGUGACUGAGGAGUUUAUGGCGGGGCUGGAGUCACAUAUUGAAGAUCGGGAGCGUUUUAGGAAUUGUCUUCUUCCAUGUGGACGAUCUAAUAAGGAGGAGGAGGGUAAUCCCGCCUUCAGCUCAUUUCAUGACAGCCUCAUAAAAAUCCUCCUGGGGAAUGAGACUUUACAGGGGCCUUUGAUAAACAUGCUGUUUGAGAAGAUACCGGAAUUCUUGUAUGACAGUGUUGGCAGUGAUGGGAUCAGCAUUCCUCGUCUAAUCAUCAAUCAGCUGAAAUGGCUGGACCUGGUGGUCAGCAGCAAGGAUCUCACCUCUAAGAUCAUGCAGCUGGUUGUGGUAUCCCCGGCUGAUGUCCAGCAACACAUCAUCAGCAGUCUUCCGGAAAUCCUGGAGGACUCCGAGCACAAUGAUGUCGCUAAGGAGCUCAGCUCUCUCCUCCAGCAGAAUUCCCAGCUGACUGUCACCAUUCUAGAUGCCUUCUCCAGCCUAAACCUGAGCACCGAGCUCCUCACAGAGGUCCGGACGUGGGUCAUGUCUACGCUGUCUGCUGUGGACCUAGAAGUGGUGCCUGUUAUAGUGAAGUUCGUCCUUCAUACGGUCACCCUGACAGAUGCAGUGGAGGUCAUUUCUGAGCUCCGCCAGAAAUUGGAUGUGGAGAUGUGUGUUUCCCUUUCACAGCUACCUGCCACUCAGAAUAAAAUAUCAAAGUCUUCAAAGAGUUCCACAAAGGCCCUAGAGAAAGGUGGCCAUGACUGUAUCACAAUCCUUACCGAGGUGAUAAAGUCGGCCGUCUGGUUCCAGAAACACGUGUGCGAAGCCUGGAUCAAAGCUAUAGAGAGUGUAAAUAAUGCAGAGGAACACAAGGUCACUGACUUUUUAGUUCUCCUCAUCCUUUACUCCACCAACCUCAACAGUAAGAAACAGGUGGAGCGCGUGCUACGAAACAAGAUCCGCUGUGGUUUCAUCACCAGCUCCCUCCUGCACAAUACCUUCAGCAGGCACACACCAGUUUUGAUGAUUUAUUUCCCCUCCAUAUUGUCCUUGGCUCAGACUCUCCUGAGGUCUGCGGAACCGGAAGUCACUUUGUUCAGCAGCCACCUCUACAAGCUGGCCUUCUCUGCAUUUGAUCGCUACUGCCAGCAGGAGCUGAUUGCGACGUUGGUGACCCAUGUGUGCAGCGGGUAUUCCGAUGAGGUGGACUCCUCGCUGGAUAUAAUAACAGACUUGAUCUCCAGUAACUCUACAGCCGUGGCCCUCUACGCCGUGUUCAUCAAGGGUAUAUUGGACUACCUGGAUAACCUGAAUGCCCAACAGAUCCGCAAGCUCUUUCAAAUCCUUUGCAUGCUGGCGUUCAUCCAUGAAGGUGUUCACAUCCAGGAUGAGAUGCACAUUGUCAUCAGGAAGCAGCUUUCCAGCACAGUGGUGAAGUACAAGCGCAUUGGAGUGAUUGGGGCAGUGAGGAUGCUGGGAAGCAUGGCGACCAGUGAAAGGAGAAAGUCAGGAGGUGGCAAAUCGGACAACGCGGCAACCCUGAGUCCACAUGUCUUCCGGCAGGUCACCUCUCUCCUGGAAUUGGCACGCACCUGCUGUGACCAGUGCCCGGAAUCUGCUGCCUUUUACUACGACGAGCUGGCCAAUCUGGUGCAAGAGAGGAACCUGCAUCCCCAAAUAAUGGAAUAUAUCAGAAAGACGGUGGUGGAUGAUUUCCAGGAGGAUUAUGUAGUAGACCUGGACCAAAAGAUAGAAGGAAGUCCUAUGUUCCCUGUGAAAGCCAUGUAUAACCUGGAGGACGAUGAGAGCCAGGGCAUAGUUGUGAUUAAUCUCCUCCCACUUCUGUCACAUGACUUCGCCAAAAAAGGUGCCGCACACACCACAGAGGGUCGCCUCGUGUCUCCUCUCUGUCUGUCACCAUUUUUCCGACUACUGCGGCUCUGCAUAGAGGACGAGUUUAAGGGCAACUUGGAUGAGAUCGAUGCUUUGUUAGGGUGCCCCGUGUAUCUCACGGAUCUUGAUGUCAUAGACAAGAUGAAUUCCCUGUCCAGACAAGAGCGAGAAUUCCUGUGCUCACUGCUUUUCUUCACCAUUAAUUGGUUCAGAGAGGUUAUCAAUGCUUUCUGUAUGCAAGCAAAUGCUGAUAUGAAGGGGAAAGUGUUAACACGGCUACAGAACAUCACGUGGCUGCAGUCUUUGCUGGAGAAGUGCCUCGCAGAAUCUCCCGGAUAUAUUCCCCCACCUGCAAACUUUGACUGUGAGCAACAAGAAGUCCCAUCAAGCACAGUAGCAGCUGCCCCUCCAAAGAAGGCAAAGAAAGGUAAAAAGCGCAAAAAGACCGAUACAAAGAACUCCUCUGAAGAAGGUUCCCAGAUAGAAGAACAGCCGGACACAGAGACGGAGAAGACCCAGCUAGACAAGGAGCCUGAAGAGAUUGGUAAAUCUUCCGUCAACCUGAGCAGCUUCCGUCCGUUCUUCCGGGAGCUGGAUCUUGAGGUCUUCACGGUUCUCCAUAGCGGCUUGCUCACCCGAUCUCUCCUAGACUCCGAAAUGUGCACAAAGGCGACCGAGGUGGUGCAGCUGGGACCAGCCGAGCUAGUAUUCCUUCUGGAGGACCUUUCCCGCAAAAUGGAACAUGUCCUCAUGGCUGCAAAGAGAUCAUUCCUGAUGAUGAAGGUGAAGGGAUCCAAGAACUCAGAGUUUUCCCAUCUGAAGCAGAAGACACCACAGGAAGUGGUAAAAUUUGUGGUGCAGCUGCUGAACCCUCUGUGCAACCACAUGGAGAACACCCACAACUAUUUCCAGACUCUGCUGACAGAGAAGAAUGGCGUAGUGGAUGCCCUGGGGAUAGACCUUAAAGAACAUACCUACAUGUCCUCCUGCUACCAGCUGCUGCUUCAGGUGUUCCACACCCUAUUUUCCUGGUCUGGAUUCUCUCAGCUUGAGAACCGCCCUUUGCUGAAGACAGCGCUGGGUAUCCUGGUGGGAAGGCUGAAGGAGACGGACGCGGACGCAGAUCUGACGAUAGAAGAGCUGGUCAGCCACAGCUUCGGCUACCUGCAGAACCUUUGCAGCAGUGUCCCGAGCAUGCGCUGCGCGCUGUGUCUUACACAGCUGCUGAUCAGCCUGGCAGAGAAGACUGACGCCCUUCCGUAUCACGGCAAGAUAGCCUCCAUCGUGAAACGUUUCCUGUGCCAGUCCUGGGUACAGCCCAAUGGCGAGCGUGAGAAGGGAAUACGAUUUCACGAGAACCUGCAGAGCCUACUGUGGAAAUACCUUCAGUACACAGAUGUCCUCAAAGCCGUGGAAGACAUCUGCAGUGUGGGUGUGUCUGAGUUGACGAACGCCACAAAAGAUGGACAUUCAUCCACCUAUCCAACUCUGAACAGACAGACCUUUGGGGUGUAUUUCCGAGUCUUGAUGGACAAGCUGGAGAAGUAUGUGAGGAAUAUUCCAGCGGGGAAGAAGUCGGACAGCCUGGAGGUUCAGGCUGAACGUCUUCUACAGUGGAGCCUAGCAGUCCGCAAUUUCCACAUCCUGGUCAACCUGAUUAAGAUAUUUGACACCAGGCCAAUGUUAAGCAUUUGUCUAAAGUAUGGCCGCCUCUUUUUGGAGACGUUCCUUAAAGUGGGUAUGCCUCUCCUGGACUGCAGCUUCAAGAAGCAGAAGGACGAUGUGCAAAACCUGCUGAAAAUCUUGCAGCUGUGUACCCGACAGCUUCACCACAUGUGCGGUCACUCUAAGAUCCACCAGGAUGCCGGGCUCACCACACACGUCCCUCUCUUAAAGAAGACCCUGGAAAUGUUUGUAUACAGAGUGAAGGCCAUGCUGACGCUGAACAAUUGUCAAGAGGCCUUCUGGCUGGGGAACCUGAAGAACAGAGACCUCCAGGGUGAAGAGAUCUUAUCACAAGCUGCACAGGAAAGCGAAACGGAGGAGGAGCAAGAAUCGCAGCUUCCUGAAGAGGAACAGGAGGUUCAAGAGGAGGAGGAGGAGGAGAGCAAGGAGGAGGAAGAGGAGGAGGAGGAGGAAGAGGAAGAGUCAGACUAAUGGUCGUCUUUACCAUUCUAGUUGAUCUAUUUUUGUCUACACCACAGACAGGAAUUGUCUCAUCUGCGGAGAAGAGAAAUAAUGAGGAUAUUUCCAGAGCAUCUAAUGGACUGCAUGUGGUCACCGCAGGGCCAGCGGCCAAUCAGAGAACAAUUGCUGGCACUUUAAAGCAUUGGCAAUGAAGGCUUCGGGUAUGGGAGGUGGAGAACCGGCUGCACUUUCCUCCCAGCAGCCAAUCAGUGCCCACCUUUCAUGUGAUAAUCUGCCUUGGCAAGAGGAAACGGAGAAGCUGAUUGGUUGCUGGGAUAGAAAUAUGGUAAAACGUGUCCACCUUAUGAUGUGAAAGCCACACAGUUCUGUUCUCUAAGGGGGAUUCCCCCUGUUUUUGUGUCUGUCACACAUUGCCGUCACUAUACAUGUAUGUGUCACGUGUCCUUUAUGUGUAUUAAAAUGAGCUUGAGGACAAUAAAGUUAUUGAUCUGUGAAUUUAA